AUGCCGGCGAACCUGUCCUACCUGAACGUGGGCUCGCUGGGCCCGACGCCGCGCGCGGCCGUCGACUGCGCCGUCGAACGGUGGAAGGAGCUCGAGGCGGACAAGGUGUCGCGCUACCCCUGGUCCGGCGGGCUGCCCGAGGCGACGCGCGCGCUCGCGGCGAGGUCGCUCGGGGCGAACGUGUCGCUCGACGAGGUCGCGCUCGUGCCGUCGACGACCGUGGGCCUCACGCUCGUCGCCGACGGCCUCGCGAGCGCGGGCUACUUCGCGCGGGACCGCUGGGGCGGCGCGGCGCCGCGCGUGCUCACGACGGACCAGGAGCACGGCGGCGGCGUCGCCGCGUGGCGCCAUUACGUAACGACGGGCCUCCUCGGCGGCCUCGACGCCGUCGCGCUCGGCGCGCCGCCCGCGUCCGCGGCGGCCGUCGUCGCGGCCUUCGCCGCGGCCCUCGACGCCGGCCCGGCGUACGCCGUCGUCGCCGUGAGCCACGUGCUCACGACGACGGGCGCCGCGCUGCCGGUGCGGGAGCUCGCGGCCCUCGCCCACGAACGCGGCGCGCUCUUCGUCGUCGACGGCGCCCAGGCCGUCGGCAACCUCGACGUCGACGUCGAAAAGACGGGGGCCGACGCCUACGCGGUCUCGGCGCACAAGUGGCUCCUCGCGCCCACGGGCAGCGGCCUGCUCUACGUGCGCCGCGCCGCGCGGCCGAUGAUCGCGCCGACGUACCUCGACGAGGGCUUCUCCGCCUACACGCAGUGCACGGGCACGACGCCGCUCCAGACCAUCGCGGGGCUCGGCUACGCGCUCGCGUUCGUCGACGCCCUCGGCGGCCAGGCGGCGCUGCGCGCGCACAACGCGGCGCUCUACGGUGUCACCUACGCGGCGCUCGCGAAGCUCCCGCGCGUCGCGAUCCUGUCCGCGCCGCCGGGCUCGGGCCUCGACUCGGCCUUGCUGUCCUUCGCGCUCCCGGCCUGCGCGCCCCACGGCGCCGUCGCCGACGGCCUCGCCGCGCGGGGGAUCGUCGUCAAGCUCCUGCCGGACGGCGAGGGCGGCACGCCCCUCGUGGCCAACGCGCUCCGCGUGUCGCACCACGUCUUCAACGCGGCGGCGGACAUGGAGCGGUUCGCCGCGUCGCUCGCGGCCGAGGUCGACGCGCGUUGCGCGGGUCUUAUCUAG